GUCAUCAGUAUUAACUUCAACCUGCCAGCUUUAGACAUUUCUGUUUUUUCAGCAGAUUCCCAAACGACAAAUCUAGUUCGCGCUGAUUGGCUAGCUCUCCGCCGGUCCCUUUGUCUGACCUCUCCGUUUGUUCUAUCCGCCGUUUCCCUAUUCACCGACUCAAACGUUAGCGCUAUUAGCCUGCUGGAAAUCUGCCUGUCUUGUCAUUAUAGGGGCCUUGUUGUAUUUUGUCAGGCAACUCGACUUCAAUACAGAGUCACUUAGUCUUCAUAAAAGGGGUCAAUAAAGUCUGCAGGUGCAGGAUGUACAGCUUCAUGGGCGGAGGGCUGUUCUGUGCAGGCGUGGGGAACAUCCUCCUGAUUGUUUCCACGGCAACCGAUUAUUGGAUUCAGUACCGGCACUCCAACAACUACAUGCAUCAGGGCCUGUGGCGGUACUGCAUGCCGGGGAAAUGCUUCACACACAAUGACAGCAUUGCCCACAUGGAUGCCACCCGAGCACUCAUGAUCCUCUCCCUCUUGGCGUGUUUCAUGGGCAUCAUCAUAGGCAUCAUGGCCUUCAUCCACUACUCGUCCUUCGACAGGUUUGACAAAACCUUUGCUGCAGGCAUAUUGUUCUUCAUCUCAUGCUUUUUCGUGUUGCUAGCAAUGGCAGUAUACACUGGUGUGACGAUUAAUUACUAUGGUAAACGCUAUGGCAACUGGAGGUUCUCCUGGUCCUACAUCAUCGGCUGGGUGUCAGUGGUGCUAACCUUCUUUUCAGGUAUAUUCUAUAUGUGUGCCUAUCGGAUGCACGAAUGCCCCAGAAACUCAAACUCUCACUAGAAGACUUCAGAAAUGAUCAUCAAUAUCUUAUGAUUUUGAGAGCCACUGACUUAUGGCUGUUCCCUGAAUUUGAGAGUCAAGAUGGAUCAACCCACUAUUUACUUUUGGAACAUGGAUUAUAGAAUUUAAAUGAUAUGAAUAAAGGACGUUGGGGGUAAA